AUACAGCAUAUUCUUCCGUGUGUGAAGGAAUUGUCAUCCGACUCAUUGCAGCAUGUUAGAUCUGCUUUGGCUUCUGUUAUAAUGGGGAUGGCUCCUGUCCUGGGAAAAGAUGCAACCAUUGAACAUCUUCUUCCAAUUUUUCUUUCCCUUCUGAAGGAUGAGUUUCCUGAUGUGCGCCUCAACAUCAUUAGCAAACUUGAUCAAGUCAAUCAGGUCAUUGGAAUUGAUUUAUUAUCCAAAUCUCUGUUGCCAGCUAUUGUUGAGCUGGCAAAGGAUAGGCAUUGGCGAGUUCGUCUGGCUAUAAUAGAAUACGUACCUCUGCUGGCCAGUCAGUUGGGUGUAGGAUUUUUCGAUGAUAAGCUUGGCACCCUUUGCAUGCAGUGGUUACAGGACGAGGUUUAUUCAAUCAGAGACGCUGCAGCUAAUAACUUAAAGCGCCUCGCGGAAGAAUUUGGUCCAGAGUGGGCAAUGCAGCAUAUAAUUCCUCAGGUCUUAGAUGUGAUUAAUAAUUCACAUUAUUUAUACCGGAUGACAAUACUUAGGGCAAUUUCUUUACUUGCACCUGUGAUGGGUUCUGAGAUAACAUGUUCUAAGUUGCUGCCAGUGGUUAUUACGGCAGCAAAGGACAGAGUGCCCAACGUCAAAUUUAAUGUUGCAAAGGUGUUGCAGUCCCUUAUCCCUGUUGUUGACCAAUCAGUAGCAGAGAAAACGAUUCGCUCUAGUUUAGUAGAGCUAGCUGAGGACCCUGAUGUCGAUGUCCGUUUUUAUGCAAGUCAAGCACUUCAGUCAAUUGAUGAUGUCAUGAUGUCAAGCUAGAGAUACUUAUCUGUUG